AUGGCUAAGAAGAAGAAUAAUAAGAAGAAAGCUGCUCCUGCUGCAGCUCCUGUCGCUGAGCAGCCAGCCGAGGUAAGUGAGAAAGAAGUAGAGGUCGAAGUGCCAUUGGAGAGAUUAGAUGGUGCACAGGACUCAGAAGAUGAUUCCAGAUUAGAGGCGGAUAAGCAUGAACAAAACUCAGAGGAGGUUGGCUCUGAUAAAGUAGACAAUGAAGUAGAAGAAACGAGGAAUGACGGUGCGGAGAAUUCAAAUACCGGCAAUACUGACGAAAAUAUACGAGAGGAACUCGAGAGAGUGAAAACAGAGAGAGAUCAAGUUGAGUCGCAAUAUCAAACUUUGCUGAGCCGUCUUUCAUCUAUGAAGACAAUUUUUAGCAAAAUGAAGGAAUCCGAGGCUGAAUUGGAAGUAGUUAAGGAACAACUUCAAGAAUACGAGAACCAAAAUCUGAACCUUAAGAAUAAGGUAAGUUUGUUAACCAAGGAAAAGAAGGAGCUUGAAGAAACUGCCACAACAUUAAAUAAAGAGUUAGAAUCGCUGGAGAGUGAACAGGAAUCAAAUGACGACAAGUUGAAGGAAAGUCAAACGAGAAUAAAAGAACUGGAACAUCAAUUGGAAGCUAAGUCUGAAAUAUCGAAAUCUGAAUCUGGUAGACUAAAGAAGGAGAAUGAACAACUGAAUUCCCAAGUUCAAGAACUGCUGGUGGUAAUAGAUAAUAAUAAACAGGAUCUCUCAGCUUCAAAAGAGGAAAUUGAAGACUUGAAGCAAAAUGUAGAAAACCUUGAAAAUGAAAAGGUGAAAUUACAAAAUGCCUUUAACGAUAUGGAAUUACAAUUGGAUGCCGUUGAGAAAGCAAAUAAAGAACAACUCGACGAGAAAAAUCUUGAAAUUAACGCUUUGCGUACACAACUUGACCAAGCUAUAGAAGCCAAGAACGCUGAGAUUUCCAAGAUGGAAGAACUAGAGAAAAAACUAGCAGCAAUGAAGCAGGAUGUAACAUUGAAAGAGAAGUUUGAAAAAGAAUCCAAAGAGCAUGCUUCACAAAUUGCGAAAUUACGACACGAAACAAUAGUGUUGAAUGAACACUUGACAAAAGCACUUGCUAUGCUAAAGCAAUCCAGUGAUUCUGAAUCUGUUGAUAAAGAGCUAAUAUCGAACUUGCUAAUAUCUUUUGUUUCCAUCCCAAGAGCUGAUCCAAGAAAGUUUGAGGUAUUGGAACUACUAUCCAACUUUUUGAACUGGGAUGAUGACCAGAAAAGACAAGCUGGUCUAAUUUUUACUCCUGGUCAAGAUAAUAACAAUGGCAGUAAAAUACCUUCAAGAACCGAAAGUUUUGUUGCAAUGUGGACAGACUUUCUAGAGAGAGAGAGCGAGAAGAAAUAG